CUUUUAGGUACAUGCGCACUGAUUCAACAUUGAUUCAAUUUGAUUGGUACCUUGGUCCUGGGGCUCGGACUGAUGUUCAGGUGCAUAACAUGACAGUCACAACAUCGUUGUCUUCGGCGUUCGCCCAAGUUUACUCUUUGGUGCUCGCUAACGUUCUUGACAGUCCUCGUGCAGCAAGUUAACUUUGAUACAAUCAUAGCAUGGCAGACAAAGAGGAGGAGUAUCGAGCGGCACUGUGGAGCUGUCAACCUGGCCAUGAGCGUCAUGCCAGCCGUCUCGGCAACCUUGCCAUCAAUCUUUAUACCAGAUUCCAGCAACGGAACGCCCCGUCUGACCUCGAUGAAGCCAUUGAGCUCCCACAAGCUGCACUACUCCCCACUCUCCCCGGUCAUUCUGAUCGAGCUAUGUAUCUCAAAAAUCUCGCCCUCAGCCUUCGAGACAGAUUUUAGCAGUGGGGCGCCCUGUCUGACCUCGAUGGGGUUAUCGAGCUCCAACGACCUGCACUACUCCUCGGUUCCCCCGGUCAUCAUCUGCGACCCGCGUCUCUCAACAGUUUUGCCAUCAGACUUCAAGAUAGAUUCCAGCAGCAGGGUGUCCUGUCUAAGAUGAGCUCCAUCGGGUUGCAGUACUCCUUUGUCUCCCCGGUGGAUUUGAUCGACCCAUGUCUCUCCACAAUCUCGCCAGCAGCCUUCAUGUCAGGUUCCAGCAACAGAGACUCCUGUCUGACCUCGAUGAGGUCAUUGAGCUUCAACCGGUCUCGCCGCCUCCUUCAUGCACCCCACGCCCGCCGUGAUGCAUCAACACCUUCGCUUGCAGCCUCUUUCGUGCAUAGUACGCUCGCUGUCACUAUGUGAGUCACUUUGAUACGUCAAUGAUCAGCGCCUUUGUUGCCAGUGGCGUCGUGAUCGAUAACUGCCGUCUUGCCCCUAUUUUUUCCGCCCUGCCAUAUGUAUGUUGCUACCCAGUUUCGUUAUAAUAGUAUACUACAGUACAUGCAAUUAAAUCAAUAACCC